AUGUCACAUGAAACGCCGUUGCAAAUUUCCCUCAUCGGGGCCGGCAUUGCCGGGCUCUUCGCAGCUCGUGUGCUCCGAGAGAAGCACCACGUCACUGUGCUAGAACGGUCAGCCGGCGGCAACGAGGUUGGCGCAGCCAUCACGCCGGGGCCAAAUGCGACCAGAAUUCUCGACCAGUAUGGCUGGGAGCCCAGGAAUUGCGGCGCGCUUGUGCUUGAAAAGGCCCGCACCCUCGACCACAAGGGCAAUUUGAUCCAGGAGACUGCCCUGACUGGAAUUAAAGAGGCCUUCGGGAGCGACUGGUAUGUUGUUCACCGGAUAGACCUGUGGAACGAGCUGUUGCGUCUUGCGACGGCUCCAUCCGUAGAGUUGGGUAUAGACGGAGCGCCAGCAACGAUUAAAUGGCGGGCGGAUGUGGUGGAUGUGAACACGGACAGUGGUGAUGUGGAAUUAGGCAACGGCACGGUCGUGCCGUCGGAUCUGGUUAUUGGCGCAGACGGCAUCAAGUCUGCCACCCGCCACUUGGUCGUGGGCAAAGAGGGCGACCAACCGAGAGCUUCAGGUGCCUCCAUGCCCCGCUUUGUUCUCCCAAAUGGUGCCGUCCUCAAAGGGAAUGUUCCGGCCAUGAGCACUACUACACCAGUAGAAAUAACCAUGCUAAUCGCCUCGGACGGAUCAGGUAGGACAAUCGUCACCUAUCCUUGUCGAAAUCAUGAGCUGCUCAACGUUGGCUGCAUUGCCCCUGACUCGUUGAUCAAACUGCCGCCUGCGGACUCUUGGGUGGCUCCGGGUGAGAAAGAAGAUUUGCUGAGAGUCUUCGGUAAUUUCUAUGUUCGCCCUCUGCUCGAGUACGUACACCUGUAG